AUGAUCAAUGUCGAUGUGUUGGAAGAUGAGCGAUCGUUGGAUUUAACCCGAUGUCGAAUCCUCAAAGAUUCCAACAUUCCUUCCCUGCCACAGCUUGAUUCUCUUUGUCUGCGGUCUGAACCACUUGGUGAAUCACUGAAGACUCUUUCUCUUCCUGGAAAUGCUCUCACUGAAAUCACGGGUCAACAAACGAGUUGCAUAAUCUUCGAGGAAUUAAGCCUCCGCUCCAGAAUGGGAUCUCUCAAAAUUAAGGAAAUUGACGGUUUUCGGCGACGAAAUGGCGUUACGCGCGAUCCGUGGCAAGACUUGAGCGAUGAAGAAGCCGAUGAUGGUGAUGAUGUGGUUGAGGAGGAGACAUUGAGCACCGAAUGGGAAGAGUCACACGCAAGAUUCGGAAGAGGAGUACUAUCGGGAGAAGAGUCAAUUCGGAGGAUAACAGUCUCAUCAUUGAUUUCGACCGUGACGCACCGAUCUCGAGAAGAA